GAGAGCCGCGACAGCCUUUGCCUCUCUGUCUGCGCGAAAGCCAAUCGGCCGGGAAACGCUGCUUCUUACGGAACGGAUCAUCCGCCACAGCCCUUCCAGCAUGUUUGGAAUGAUCAGAAAUUCCCUUUUUGGGACCGCGGAGGUUUGGCCCUGCCGGGUUCUGAGCAGGGGGGAGAAGGAUGAUGUAGCCUAUGAGGAAAGGACAUAUGAAGGUGGGAUGUUUGCCAGUGUUGAACUCUCCGGAAAGCCCUUUGACGAGGCUUUACGUGAAGCAGUGCUGAAGCUUCUUAAAUAUGUUGGAGGAAGCAAUAAUCAAGGAGCUGGCAUGGGCAUGAUGGCCCCAGUGUGUAGCACAGUCUAUCCUGCAGAGGACGGAUCAUUGCAGCAGAAGGUGAAAGUUCUGCUACGGAUUCCAAGCCAGUUCCAAGACAACCCCCCUUCACCGAGUGAUGAGAGCAUCCGGGUUGAGAAAAGGGAAGAAAUGGUUGUUUAUUCUACGCUGUUUGGAGGCUAUGCAAAAGAAAUAGACUAUGUGAAUAAUGCAGCCAAGCUAACUUCUGCUUUAGGAAAUGAGGCAUCCUUCCACAAAGACUUCUAUUUUUGCAAUGGUUACGAUCCCCCCAUGAAACCCUAUGGGCGGCGCAAUGAAGUUUGGCUGUUGAAAAAAGUGACCAAUUAAAAAAGCUGGAAGGAAUUCUAGAAAAAUAUUCACCAGUGCCAUGGAAAGCAAUGAAAGUGAAAACAAGAAAACUAAAGAGGGCUUGCUUUUGAGAUUCAUUCAGCAUUUCUUUUUUUUUUAAUUUUUAAUGAACAUAUAUUCAUAAAAUUCUUUUGUAUUUGCCAUUUAUUUCACAAGGCAUAUAUUUAUAUUUCUUGAAAUGAUUUUUCUCCUUACAGAAUAGGAAGAAUAAAGUGCCU